AUGGAAUCAGUGACGAGUACAGACAUGUACUCUGUUCGAGAGACGAUCAAGGGGACACUUUCCAGCGACAAGAACGAGAUUCUCUUCUCAAGGUUCAAGAUUAACUACAACAACGAGGCGGAGAUCUACAAGAAGGGCAGCACCAUAUUCCGAGACUAUGAGCUGGUAGAGCCAGGCAGUCAUCAAGCCGCAGAGGAUGCAGAGAAUAUUGCUGAGCCCAUUCAACAAUCAAAGUCACAAGCGGAGAAGGAAAAGAAGAAGCGAGCCAAGGCCAGAAUCUUGAUCGAGCAUCUGGAUAUCAUUAAGGACGAAUUUUGGGAUAGGCGGCCGUGGCUGCUGUCCAACAAACCAGGAAAAAUUCCCAAAGAGACAUGA